AUGUCAGUUGCCAGCAGACGAGAGGAGAUGUUAUCUCGGCUGGAGAUCACCCUCAACCGAUCAUUUGACGCCCAAAACCCAGAAAUAAGACAACUGUACUUCUCCCGGAUGAUGAGUAUAAAGAUGAUGCUGUAUAAGCUACAGCCACACACUAGUCACUGGCCUGGCCAACUGUGGUGCUGUCUCUUUCUGAACUGUCUGGCUGACAAGUUCAAGUCUCUUCUCCCUGUAGACGUGGUGAACAACUUCGUGUGUCCUCCUGAUAUAGAGAUCAACAGUUUGGUAAGCAUGGUGGAUUCCAAACAGUUCCAGCUCACUGAACAAACCCUACUCACUCAUCAGCCUCUAUUUCAGUGGGUUCUUGACUACGCACAGCUCAUCUCCAUCUGUGUUCAACCUCAGAAGAGAACGUCUUCAGCGGUGAAUUGGCAGAGUGUGGUGACGGACGGUAAAACUCUGAACAAUCUCCGAGAGUUACUGGGUUACAUCAAGAUAUGGUCCACUCUGUACCCCAGAUGUGGUCCUAUUAUUUGCGGGGCUGAGAGUUCUGAUUUUUCUAGUAUCUUUAAAGCUGUGUCAAUGCUGGUCAAACAGUUCCCAUGUAAGAACGAUAUCCCAAGUUCUGAUUACGACACGAUCCAGUUGUUCCAGCAGAAGCUAACCACUCUACCCCAUGUUGUUAUCACGGCUCUCACAGAAUCAGCAGCUACCACCGCCCCCAUCCAAUACCACUUCCAGUUCGAACCAAACACCAUCAAAUGUGCCACCAUGUUGUGCGACCGCCCGGCUCUACCCCUCUCUAAAAUCAACUCUGUCAUCAACAGUACAGACCGGGACAUGAUCCGGAACACGAUCCUGAGCGCCCACUCCCUCCACAUCAAGCAGGACUUUGUGAAGGAGUGUGUGGUAUGUGGAUGUAUCACCACCCUCCAACCCCCCGCUCACCAGCUCGACUGGUGGGCCAGGUGGAAACAUUCCUGUGUGUGUGGUGGCAGCUGGAAGAAACCUUCAGUUCUUGCUUAA